AUGCGUCUUCGCGUUCGCACCUCCGACGGCGCCCAGGCCGUGGUCGACAUCGCAGACAACGCCACGGUUGGUGCUCUCAAGACCGCGAUCGCCCGAACGACGGACAUCGUCGAGAGCGAGCAAGAAUGGCAUUUUGGUUUUCCUGCUCGCCCCGUUGACGCUACAGAUUUCUCCGCGUCGUGCGCUUCGCUCGGGAUCACGAACGGGGAGACGAUCGCGGUUUCACGCGUCACGAUCGAGAACGCGUCGACUACGCCGUUGGGGACAACGAUCGAGGGGGAUUCGACACUCGUGGAGGAGCUCGCGGCGAUGGACGAGGACGAGGCGCUUGCGCGGGCGUUGGCAGCAUCCAUGGAAGACGGCGCGAACGCCGACGCGUCGACGAGCGUGGAUGUGACGUCCAUGCACGCGGUUCGCAGGGUGAUCGCGAGCGAUAACAGCUGUUUAUUCAACGCGGUGGCGUACUGCGUGGAGCGGUCGCUGAAAGAGGCGACGCGGCUUCGGCGCGUCGUCGCGGAUGCCGUCGCGGCGGACGCGGCGACCUUCAGCGAGGGGUUCUUAGGGAAAUCACCGAAAGCUUAUGUCGAGUGGAUCACGAAACCGAACUCGUGGGGCGGACAGGUGGAGCUGUUCAUCUUGUCAAAGUAUUACCGCGUGGAAAUCGCAGCGUACGACAUCCAGACAGAACGAUGCGAUAUCUACGGCGAAGGCGAAGGGUACAAUGAUCGAAUCAUGGUGAUAUACGACGGCUUACACUACGACGCUCUCGUGCUCCACCCCGUGUUCGGUGGCGCUGAUGUCUCGCGCGACGUCACCCGCGUUCCGCCCGGCGUCGCACUACCGGCGGUCCAGCGUCUCGUCCGUGAGCAACACGCGUCCAAAAAGUUCACCGACACCGCCAACUUCUCCCUCCGCUGUCUGGUGUGUCAAAAAGGUCUCGUCGGUCAGGCCGAGGCCGUGGCGCACGCGAAGUCAACCGGCCACGCCAACUUUGGUGAAUAUUAG